AGCUCUGCCUAUGCUUGUACUGAAGUCCUACAUCAUAGGUCUAUAUUCUCAACCAUACGGCUAUCAAAAGGAUACUGAAUUAGAUAAACAAGAAUCCAAAUGUACUCUGGGAUGGAAUAAUGACAGAAGACAAAACUUUGUCGGCCUCAUGUUGCUGUCAGUUUUUUUGACAACCUCCCCGAGACGCUCGACUAGAAGUCCCCAUGGACGCGUCACUUCCUUGCGCAGACAGCCAAAGUCAGCCGGCUCUGACAGAAAGUCAGACUGUGGAUUUUGACUCGGUUAUGCACAGCCCCUCAGUAGACAAGCUGUCUGGAACAGAGACUGCGCACUGUCUUUCAGACACCACUGAUAACUCCACACAUCCACAUGUUUCUGCAGACCCACACAGCCUAAAGUCUUUAUCGUCCAUCCAAAAUGUAUCAGAGCAGUUUUCGCUUUCCUCAGAGGCUCCACCAACGGAUGACAAUUCCAGGGUUCAGCGCUGUUUGAGCCAGUCAGGAAGGAAAUCACCUCUAAUACGUCAACUCUGUCAGGACCUCAUUUUACCUCAGUCUGAAUCUGCUUCAUCUCUUCUCAUGGAAGGACAUACUCCACCUGAAUCUUUUGGGGCUGUGUCACUCACACUUGAAGGUUUGAUGGAGCAGUCUGUCACUGUCCCCUACUCCAGUCCCAAUUUCAGCUCUGAAAACAAACCUCCAUUAUUUAGGUCGUUAUCACCUCAGUCAGACAGUUCAGAUAGCGAUAUGGCUGUAGCGCCUUUGUCAGAUCUUUAUAUCUUUGAAAGUGACACGCAGGACUUCAUUGUAAGCCCAAGUAUAGCUCCCGGUGAGAUUAAAUGUUCUGAAUACCAGCCAUUAUCACAAACAAGUGUGGAACAAGUGAACCGUGACUGUGAUAAACAUAUACUGAUGUGUGAUUCAUCAGACGUGACAGGAUGUCAUCACAGCUCUUGUGAGGAACAAUCCACAGAGAAUAAUGAGCCAGAUGUGAGUGAACACUUGGGGCUAAGAACACCUGCUGUAGAUGCUUGUGAGGAAUACUUUAUGUUUCUAAAUGAUGAGAGAGAAGGAGAAGCAGAGGUCACUGGAGCAACCCCGCAGCGCGGCAACAGCCCUAUGGAGGUCUGGCAGGACGCACAUCAGUAUCUGGCUGGUGAUGAUACAGAAGAUCGGGAUGUUUUGCAUCACUCUGUGAUCCAAGAAGCUCUCUCUCCUGCCAGUCACUUGUCGUGUUCCCCAAGAGAGACACAGGUUUCACAUUACAACCCUGAAGGUAGCAAGGGGAUUGGCUGGACGGGCGAUGACACCAAAGGUUGGGGGCCACCAAUUGAGAGGUGGUCAUCAGUAGACAGCUGGGCAAGUGCACUCUCAGAUUGGACUGGGAUCAUUGUAGCUCCAUCAGAGGACUUCACAUCAGCCUUUUCAGAAAUAGGGGCUGAAAUAGAUGCAUUGACACAGGCUCUAUCAGAGGUAAAUACUCAUACAGAAGCAGAGACUGUGAAAGAAGGACACAAUCUAGAAACAACAGCUAAGGCACAAAUGGGCGUGCAGGAUCAACCUCUAAGUGCACAAAACAUCUCAGAGAGCUCCAUCCACUCUGGGCAAGGCUGUCUCUCUUUGUACCUCAACUCUACAGGACUUGAACCCCAUCACACAGAGGGGGCUGAAUCCUUCUGCGAUUCAACACCCACCACACAGGGAGACAAGUGCUCCCCAUCCAGAGGUGCACCUGGUACAACGGUGGCCUCUUCAGGAGAAAACACAGCAGAUGCAACUGUGGUUACACUGAUGCCUGGAUCUACUUCUGCUGAUCUGGACCUCUCUCCGUUUGAUGAAUGUGCAGAGUCCCAGGACACAGAACGUUUCAUCAUCGAUGAAAAAACCCCAGUCGUACUGAGCAUAAUAGAAGAUACAGAUUUGGACCCUCCUACAGAUUUAAUAACCAAGGAGCCUGUUGGAGAUAGACUGUGUGAAGUGACAGAUGAUCACAGGCUUGUCCAGCUGGGCUCAGUGGCCGAGCCAGAAGCUAAACUGAGCUGUGGGCGAUCAGAAGUCAAUAGGGAUGAAAACAAAUCAAUAACAGAUUUUAGUGUCCUCACCGAGGACGCUCUGACAAACUCAAACGUGCCAGGUGGAGACACACAACCUGGCCUGCAUUUUAAUGCGGACAACUGCGUGUCUAUUGGCACGUUGCCAGACCUUGAUAGAGCACGUCAGGUGGAGGCGCAGAGGGACAGUCCCACAUUUAUUAUGCCCUUAGCUCCAGUCAGUAUUGGCCCUUCCCUCAACUGUAGGACAAGCAGCAGUUUGGAAGGUGAUCAGAUUUGUUUGAAAGGCUCUCUCAAUAACAACAGUUGCAAUCAAGUAAGACAGAGUGCUCUCUUGCCAACCCCGGAUGGAAUUACUAACAAAACAUCUCUGGAAGGCGGUGAGGAGUUGAUUCAUGAAAAGCAGAAUACAACAAAGACUGCUGAGAGAUCUUCACCAGAAGGACUACAAGACUUGAAAACUAGUGACACUAUAGACUCUUUCUUUUCUAGAAAGACAAUAUUUGAGGAGAUUGAUGACUUCAAUAGGGAACUAGAAAACUUCAUCCCUAUCCACGCUGAAAAUCUCUUCAUUUCAAACGAGAAACACAUUGCAUGCAUCACUUUAGAUAUUUAUGAUCCAUUUGUCUCCAAGCCCGUAAAACCCAAAGCUAUUAAAUCGGAGAAGACUGAUCUGACUCAUAAAAAGACUGAAAAGAUGUCUCACAAAACCCACAAGAACACCUCAGAGGGAAAAACACGAUCCAAAAAGGAUAAAUCAGCCGGUCAUCAUCAUUUCACCCAACCUUCCAAAAAACAGGAAAGCAAAUGUCACCGUGUUUCUGCUCAGCAGACCUCCAACCAGCAAGAAACUCACCCUACUAUUGGAGAAAAUCAUAGCAGUGAGAACAGUCAAUCUGGACUUGAGGCCAAGGAGGCUACAUUGGUUAUUGAGACAGGUGUAACCGAGAAGGCAACAAGCAAGCCACACGGCAAGAAGAAAAAGAAACAUGGUCAGAAUACAGCGCCGGGGGAGCCACUGGCUGAAGUGGAGAAUGGAGCAAAAUCAAAGACUGCAAAAGGAAGAAUCGAGCUGUUCGAAUCUAAGUUGGGUGCCAAAGCUGGCAAAGCUCAAAAGGAAAGCGAACAGCCAGAUGUAGCCGAAAUAAAGUCCCAGCAGCAAUUGGAGGCUAAAGCGUCAGAGGGAGAACAACCUCCACAUCCCACAGACGAUAAGGGCCACCAGCCAAAGAACUUUACAAGUCCUCUGAAUGAUGAUGUGGUUAAAAGGCGACGUCUGUCAGAGGAUAAGUUUGGGAAGAUUGUGAGCAUUUUGGAGUCUAAACUACCAAAGUCAGAUGUGUCAGCAAAAGGAAAGGAAGCUGAGCUCAAGACUGAUGUUGGAGGAACUCGUAAGAAGGCGUACAGUGAAGUGGUCAAACAGAGGAUUCCACCCAAGGAAGAGCCCAAGGUGGUGAAGCCUAUACAGGCAGUGCCUGUGAGCGGUGACCCCCAGAGUCUGUGCCUGUGGUGUCAGUUUGCUGCUGUAACCUCGGCCUACACUGUGACCUGGAGCAGAGAGGGUACUGUCCUGGCUGAGAUGAAAAGAAGUGCAGGGGAUGAGAGCAGAGUGACCCUGACCAUCAGCAAUGCUUCUCACAAAGAUCUGGGCAAGUACCUCUGCCAGCUCAGCAGCUUACAUGGCUCAGUCAGCUUGGACUACCUGCUCACAUAUGAAGUGCUCAGUGAGGUUGUCAUCCCCCUGGCUCCAAAAACCACUUCAUCUGACCCUGUUGAGGUUAGCAGUGAAGAAGAGGACGCCCAUUUCUCCAGACUCUUGUUCAAAGACGAUUUCUUAUCCGAUCAAUACUUUGGAGACAGCCAUCCUAUCAGUAUGAUCACCGAGAAGGAACACUUUGGGGAGGGCAUGCAUCGGCGGGCUUUCCGGACCAAGCUGCAUGCGGGUCAGAUACCCCUGUUACUGCCAGGUCACUCCUGUGUGCUCAAAGUGCACAAUGUUAUCAGCUAUGGGACCAAGAACAAUGACGAGCUUGUUCAGAAGAACUUCACCUUGGCUGUGGAGGAAUGCCAGGUCCAGAACACAGCAAGAGAGUACAUCAAAGCUUACACUUCUGCUGCUCAGUCCACUGAAGCCUUCGGAGACAUCCCAGAGAUAAUUCCCAUCUACCUGAUUCACCGUCCGUCGAAUGACAUCCCCUACGCCACGCUGGAAGAGGAGCUAAUCGGGAACUUUGUUAAAUAUUCAGUCAAGGAUGGCAAAGAGAUCAACCUGAUGAGGCGUGAUUCAGAGGCAGGACAGAAAUGCUGUGCUUUCCAGCAUUGGGUUUACCAAAAAACCGACGGCAACCUGCUGGUUACUGACAUGCAAGGAGUUGGCAUGAAGCUUACUGAUGUGGGAAUAGCCACCUGUAAGAAAGGAUACAAGGGAUUCAAAGGAAACUGUGGCACCUCCUUCAUAGACCAGUUUAAGGCCUUGCAUCAGUGUAAUGUGUACUGUGAGAUGCUAGGUCUCAAAUCCCUGCAGCCCAAAGCCAAAAAGCCAGCGUCUGCUCCAAAACCCAAACCCCAGAGCUCCACUCCACCCAAGAAGAAAACAUUUGGGCCAGUAGUUAAGGGGAAGUCAUAACAGGAGGAGAAUGCUGGACUAAGAAUUUGAUUAUGAAUUGAAUCUGUUACCUUUUCUUUUUUUUAGUCAUUCGUGUGAUUCACGUUGGACUGAAUACUGCAGAGUUUGGUGGACAGUUUCUAUAAACUUUUUAGAUUUUAGGAGACCUUUUAAAGGUAACAAAUGUAGCACAAGCUGGGGCUGACGAGACUGUUGAUGAACUGAUGAGCGAGGAACGAUUUCUUCUUGUUUUUCUACUCCUGGGAUAUUUUCAAAAUAUUAGUUCAUUAAAUUAAUGGACUUUUUAUUGAUUGAUUAGAGGAAAUGUCUUUAAGUUAGGUUGUAUGAAUGGGUGUGGGUUUGUUUUGUGCGUGUGUUCGCUUUGCAAACUGGCAAAUAAUUGAUGAACAUGUAUCCAGUUUAAUGUUACAUUAUAUUUGUUCAUGUAACUGAUUUAGAAUGACAUCAUGAUCCUACUCUGGACACAAAACAAAGACAUUUUUACCCAUAAA